GGCAAACAACAGCACAGGAACGACCCACUGUAUGAACGGUUUCAUGUCAAAGUUGAGGACGCUUACCUUUUGCAGUAAGACGCGCUCUGGUUUAAAUAUAGAUGUUGCACAUAACGAAAGCUGUCACUGUGAUAAGACGUUCGUGCGGUUAUAGACCUAACAUCACGAUAAGAUAAAGAGAUACGGGAAUGUCAGAGCGCCUGUGAACGUAGCACAAGCUAGCUGAAGCUAACCGAGCUAGCUGCGCUGCUCUGCAUGAUGACAGCUGCAGAGGGACAGAUGCUGAGAAUGCAAGAAGGGUGUGUCACGGAUGUGAGCCGACUGUAACUGCUGGCUAAGGCUCGGUUGCAGAGCCAGCAGGUCCCCUGGAGCCAUGAAAGAAGCGUGUUCAGGUGCAGCUUUGUUUGAGGACCGGGACUUUCCCACUGCAGACUCCUCCCUUUUCUCCGACUGCUCCACACCCAUCGCUCGGCUGCACGGAGAAAUCACAUGGCAGCGUCCGCAGGAUAUCUGCCAGUCACCAGCUCUCUUCCCCACCAACACUGACCUGGCUCAUGCUAAACAAGGUCUGUUGGGAGACUGCUGGUUCCUCUGUGCGUGCACCUUCCUGCUCCAGAACCAGCACCUUUUAAACAAGGUGUUGUCCCCUGGCCAGCCCCAGUGGGGUAGCAGCAAGUACAGGGGCUCCUUUCAGUUUCUCUUCUGGCAGCACGGCCACUGGACAGAGGUGACUAUCGAUGACCGUCUCCCCUGCAUGAAUUCCUCUCUCUGCUUCUCAUGCUGCCACUCCCCCUCUGCCUUCUGGGUUGCAUUGUUGGAGAAGGCCUAUGCCAAGCUUCGUGGUUCAUAUGAGCAACUGUGGGCCGGGCAGGUGUCGGAGGCUCUUGUGGACCUUACUGGUGGUGUCGCCGAGCGCUGGAAUCUGAUGGGGUUUGGUUUAAAGAAGGAAGAACGACGAGUAGAACAGGACAGCGAUAAAGUCAUAAGGAAAAAGCUGGAUCUGAACCUUCUGUGCUGUGUGAAAGAAGAGUGUGCACUGAGCUGCUCCACCCACAACACCCCUGGAGGACUCGGUGAGCUGGAUCAGCACCACGCUCUGACUGUGAUGGAGUGGUUGGACUUAAGGAAAGUGACAGGGAGUGAAGCGCGGCUGCUCAGGAUCAGAAAUCCAUGGGGACGAUGCUGCUGGGCAGGUGCUUGGACGUGGAGUGGUGUUGGUUGGAGUUCCCUCGACCCAGUUUGUGCUGCAGAACUACAAGCCCGAACAGCAGAGGGUGAAUUCUGGUUAGAUGAGGCUGAGUUUACGUCCCAGUUUGAUGACAUCACAGUGGGAUAUCCUAUUAGCAAAGAUGGACACUUGAAGAGCGUUUACACAGGAACCCUUCUCACACACAACCAUCAGCUGGCCAGCCGGUGGAUUAAAGGCUACUCUGCUGGUGGAAGUCGAAACACCAGCAGCUACAGCAGCAAUCCCAAGUUUUGGCUCAAAGUGUGCGAGGGAGGCGAGGUCCUCGUAUCCUUGCUGCAGCAUCGAAAACACAGAAACGGAGAAAAAUACGCACAAACGGCCUUUGAGGACAGCAGUAACACAAAGCACCAGCAUUACCAAGCUAUUGCUCUACAUAUGUGGAAGGUGGAAAAGAAGCGUUUUAAUCUGAGCCGGCUGUUAAACAAGCCGCCUUGUGCUUCUACACACUGCCAUUCCUAUGAGAGAGAGGUGGUCCUCUGCAGGCAGCUUGGGCCUGGAUACUACCUCCUUAUUCCUAGCACCUACCAGCCAGGAGCCGAGGCCCACUUCCUCAUCCGGGUCUUUUCCUCCUCUCCCACAUCACUCAGUGCCCUAAAAAGCCCAGCACCCUCACUGCCACUGACGGCGGAUGGCGAGUGGGAGACCAGUUACUUCCGUGGCUUGUGGGUAAAGGGAAGGACAGCAGGAGGAAGCAGGAACUUCCAGUCAUACUGGCAGAACCCCUGCUUCCCUUUUGCAGUGUGUGAUGAGCCAGCACUGACAUCUGGAGUUAGUGUCAGGAUUACCCUGCACCAGAGCCGCCCUGACACUGAUUUACAUCCCAUUGGCUUCCAUGUUUACAAGGUACUACAUUCUGGAUCAGAGCAGACAGGUGCCAAAGAUGAGGACCCUGUGGCCAGUUGCACCCCACACUGUUACUCCCAGGAUAUCAGUCUGGCCUGCUCUCUUCCUCCUGGAUCUUACACCAUAGUGCCGUCCACUUAUCAGCCAGACUGCUCAGCAAACUUCACAAUCAGCCUGGCUCGCAGAAUACACAGGAAAGUGGUGAAAAGUCAGGAGACGCUCGGGCGUGCCAUUCACGAGGUCUCUCACAUCUCUGUGAUGAAAACCUAGUUCUCCAGGACUGAUGUCAGCCCACCACCCUAUGCCUCUUGGCUUGCGAUGAAACGACCGGUUCCACCACAGAAGGCAUGACUGUGUUUGUGUUUGUAUAUAUGGACCAUGAGUGGCUGGCCAGGCAGGGGGACAAACCACUGAGGUUUCUGUGCAGCUCCACAAUCAUCUGUGAUUAGGACAUCAGAGGUUGUCGCUGGGCUGGGCUGCUAAUGAAGUAUGACGGGACUGGCUGGUGUAAACAAACAGCGGCCACAGAAGAAUACCGCCAGUGCUCUCGCUCAUUCACUCACUGGUGCACCCACCGGCCCUGAACAAAGAGUCCUCUCAUGAAGUUCCUCACAGAGGCAUGGGGGGGCAAGGGGUGCAGGGUUGGUCUGCAGUAGCAGAACCAACCAAACUGCACCACACCAUACCAUACCAACCUAACAUUUCCCAGACAUUCCUUCCCCCACAUACAUUAUUGCAUUGUUUGUUUCAAGAGGCAAACACUGCUUUUAGAGUGAUUUCACCACAAAACAAAAAUUUGAGCCUAGCCUAUACAAGUCCACCUUGUUCCCCUCCUCACUCUUUACCUCCCUUUUAGUCCCUUACACUCGGUCCAGAGCUCUUCCUGGACCUGAACAGAGUCGCUGUUUGAAGUUGCCGCAAGAACAGAGGACAAGCGAAGGGGAUGAAACAAGAAACGCGGCACAUCAGAGGAUGCCGGUUCAAACAACAAGGCCGCCGGUUCUCUUUUCGUGUAUUGAGGCCGUGCAUGUGUCCGUCUGCUCGUACCCAUCCAUAUCUGUGAGGUAAUGUCACAGGAUUUCUUAUUACUGCAGCAAGAGUGACUGCAGAGUUUUAAACAAACAAUAUCUCGCUGAUAAGUGUUACUUUGUUGUAUAUUUAUAUCAUUAGCUAUUUAUCAUUUUUGUAUAUAUUUAUUAUCUAUUAAAUAAAUAAAAUGGUAAACAUAA